GCGCGCGCGCACUUGUGUGCGUGCCCUGAAAUCGAAAACGGAGGUCAACCGAUACAACUUGUGAGUCUCCCACAGUAACAAUGUCAUCGUCUGCAGUGUUGGAGAAGCUCCAGCGUACUGAGUUGCUUCCAGACUUGUUUGCCUUACUUCAUGACUUGAAGUCUGGGGUCAUUCUGGCUCGAGACUUUGACAACCAUGCAGGAAGCAUCCGGCUCAAGGUAACUCAGAUGAAGCAACAACUCCAACAGAUAGAAGGAAUCAACCGGAGCUUGGAGGAUAGAGAGGCCGAGAUCAGGCGUUUGGAGGAGAAUAACAGACGGAAGCGCGAGUUCUUACAGACUUGUCGUCAGUCUAAUGAGUCCCUGGAUAAGUUUGAAGCGAUAGCAGAAGAGUAAAUAAACAAUGAGAAUGAGAGUUUGGGAUCUCAGGAGCUCUCAGAGGCACUCGGGGUAUCUCACUGGCUCUCGGAGCCUUCUGAGACCAUUCUAGAAGUUCCUCUUUCACAGAGCACCCCACCAGAGUUACCCACAUAGCCACUCAGUUUCCCAUGCCAUGUGGUACCUGUCUGACUCCUCUCGGACUCCCCCUGCCGGUCAUAUAUCCCAUAAUUUAAAAAAGAAACAAUCGCUUCACUCGACUCAACGAGCUUCACCGCCAACCACAACUUCUCCUUGUGGCAAUGGGACUAUAUUGCGUACCAAGACACGACAGCUAGCCACUAUCCACGGCCAACCCCACAAGUAGAGUUCAUAUAUGUUACGUAGAAUAC